UUCAUGUUAUAUUGUUUUGCAUUGUUUAAAAAUACAUCUGCUAUGCAACCAAUAUAUUAUGCGAUUAACCUUAUGCUACAGCUACGUUAUCCAAUGAAAGGGGCGACAGAAACUGAGCUUUGAAGAUAGGAGGGACUGUUUGCCUGGAAAACGGCAAAACUAGGCUAGCAGCUACUUCUCUGAUUAUAGAUGUUAUCUACGAAGAUUGUUAUGAUAAUUUGUGUAAAACAGGACGUAAACGUUGAAUAACGUUGUGUAGGCUAUCUUAAAAACCCGAUCGUCCAAAGUGAAGAUACGAAGUAUAGCCAUCGAAACCAGAAUAACAUGUAGCCUAGUCUACGUUUUAACCUUCCUUUUUUCAGUAGAAAUUAUUUGUAAAGUAACUAAUAUUUUCUACGCCUUUACCUUCAUAACUAUAGAAAUGAGAAAAGAAAUAGGCCUUAGCUUUGUUUACAUUUCGUACUUGUGAACCCCCUCCCCUCCCGCCAUGCGUACCUGCGGCACAACACCACUGCACUGUGGCAAAGCGAAAGUUAGGAUACUGUCCUUGUGGGACCCGAAAUGUUCGAAGCCAAAUCGAAUUGUUUUUGUUAGAACCCUGGAAAUAGUCAUCACAUCUGGAAAAUGUCCCCGUUACAAGGAGCUCAGAUGGUCCAAACCCCAAUUCAGCUCUAUCGCUACCUUCUUAGAUGCUGUAAGUUAUUGCCAAAAACAGCAAUGCAACAACAUUAUCGACAUGCGAUAAGACAGGGUUACAAUAGUCAUGUUGAUGAAGACGACCAUGAGAGGAUUCAACUUAUAAUUCAAAGAGCUAUAGCUGAUGCAGACUGGAUUCUAGAUAAAUACACAAAGAAGAAAUGAGGUCAUGAAUCUUCAAGAUAAGAAGUUUUUGGAUCGUCCUCCGUGUGAGACCUUAACCCAUCUUAAACCCUUGUGCAUCCCUUGUGUGUCAUUGAACCUUCGGGUCAUUGUGACCCAUCGUCGUGUUGCGACAACUUUACCUCAUACAAAAAUUAGAUGAAGCAUUUUCUUUUAACCUUCGCUCUGUCUCAGACCCCCCACAGCGCGAAGGUUAAAAGAAAAUGCUUCACUUUAUUUUUGAAUUAGGUAAAGUUGUUGCAACAUGACGGUGGGUAAUAAGAUAUAAGAUAAGAUAUAUAAUAAGAUAAUGAAUGACGAGUUUAAAGGAUUUUGUGUUGAGAACAUAAUUUAUUUAUACAAACAACCUACGUUCUUCUAUUCUCUUAAUAAAAAAAUAACAAUGUGAAACAGAUGCCUAAUGAAGCUAAUUGUCCUACCAAUGUUUACAAUUUCACGAUGGCCGUAAUGCCCCCGUAUUCAUAUAAGUCUGAAAGUUGUAGGUAGCCUAUGUGGAGUAAAAAAUUAUGUUAAUGUGGUGCGUCUUUAAAUGUAACCUUUAUAAUCAGGGACAUUUUCAGACAAGCGUCAAUAAACACUAUA